AUGCCUAUAAAAUCUACUAAAUCACCCCAGAAAAACAUUAGUCACAAGAAGAAGACCGAAAUCAGCUUGCUAUCAUCUGCCCAGCAUGGAUCCUAUUUGCUUCAACUCCCCUCUGAACUUCUCACGCAUCUCAGCGCGUACCUUGACCCAAUCGCGCUCACUACUCUCGCCUCUGUCUGUCGACUCUUAUAUGCUCACGUAAACCAAGACAGCACAUGGCGUGCCGCAUUCCUUGGACACUUUCUCGGCGUCUCGCCGAGCCCUGAUCUCUCCAUCGAGAAUUCCAGGCUGGUGUUGCUCCGAAAAAGAGAGAAAUCAUGGCGCGCAGAAUUCCAAAAGCAUUGGGUUCUAGCUAGGCGAUGGGAGAAGACCAGAAGCAUUACCUCGGUGACGCAUAGACCUCAUCGGACGCCGAUUUCCGCGAUGCACGUCAUGCAAAACCAGCGAAAUGCGACCGGCGCUCAACAAAGUUGGGCUAUUCUUAGUGCAUCUCUCGCUGUCGGCGUAGUCACACGGUCAUACCCCUUCACAGGCAAGUGCAAGGUUGUUCGCGGACACUUUGAUCCAUCAAGCAUAACCACUGCCCUUGGCCUAGGCAUAAACCCCAACUUUGAGGAUGCCUUUUCAAAUGUUACAUCAGUGGCUCUUGCUUCUACUGGUGGUACUGGUAUAGUGGUUUGGGGGCUUCGCUCGGGCGGGGUUGCAGUAACUGUCGCACUUCGAGCCAUGGACGCAGGUUGCAAUGCUCGUAUGCUUAAAUGCUCCCUCGGAGACGCCCAUCAAAUGUCCGUAGACGAUAUUUACGUCGACAAUAUCACCAGCGGGAGCGAAUGCAUUGUUUCAAGCAGUGCUGAUGGAACGGUGAAGCUCUGGAACCUGCCUACAACCCAACGUGCACAACUCAAUUGUAUCUGGACGGGACGAUACACCGAUGGAGAUGGCCUGGUAUCCGAUGUUGCGUCCCUCGUCAAAGUGCCCUGCGUCAAAGUGGCGAUCGACUUGACUAGCGAGGUAGUAGCCGCUGGGUACGCUGACGGAACCAUAUUGGUCUGGUUCGGGAUAGCGCCAGGAUCGUCAGAUUUAUCCAGCGUCAAAUGCGUUCGAAUUCCACCACCAUCGGUUACUCCGUUACCUCUCAAAGACCUGCGAAUCGAUGGUCAUUCUCAAACCUCCGUCAGCCUUCUCGCUCAUCAUGCGACCGACGCACAUUUGUAUCGGCUAAAUAUUGGGCGAGACACUGGCCUCGUCAGACGACUCAGGUUUGGGGGUGGUCCGCUGGGGCCGCUAAGUGUUGUAACAGCCGAAUUUGUUAAACAGGACAAGGAGGACAUACGAUCUGGCUUUAGUUCAUCUAUUCCAUCAACAUUCGCAUCCACAAGCGUCACUCCAGUUGCUAGCACCAAUACUCCAUCCACUCCUGUUCCCAUUAGCCCAUCCUAUCCCACCAACACAUCAUUACAGAUAACUCUUGAAUUGCCCAAGCAUGAUUUGGUUCCCACACAGCGCUCACGUAGUUUUGUCGCCGCUGGCGAUAUACUGGGGCGAGUAUGUAUUUGGGACUGGGAGGCGGAUGAGACCGUAAAUCAGACCGAGGUGUCCAAAUCUUCCGGCGCUCCUGAAGAUGGGAAUAAAGGAGAAGAAACUCCACCCAACGGCGGCGGGUCCGUUCCGGAGGUCCAAGCGAUCGUUGCGUGGGAUGCGAUGGACGGUGAAAGCAUCAGUGAACUCGUUUGGGGUGAUGUGAUUGUUGCCGUUGGAAGUGCUCAGGGAAAUACAGCUGUAUUUGAUUCACUGUCUCAGCAACUAUUAAGGCGUAUACCUUCUCCAGCUCCUGCCUCGGCCCUAGGACGAGAGGCUGUGUCACAAAUUGUGAUCGAAGGUGACACAGUCCUUAUCAGUGUUGGCUCACAAGUUGUUGCUUGGCACGUCCGAAAGGACAAUGGGAAGGGUGAUCCAUGGGCCAAAUCUCCCAAGGGGAAGCAAAGCGCCAGCGGGAAAGGUAGAGGUGCAACUACUGCUAAAUGGCACCAUCGCAAUGAGCUUAAUACCGAAAUAUCACAUUCGCUCAAUCAGAUGAAGGACGAGCAUGCACGGGCUCAGCCCGGUCUACGCCGCGCUCGUGCUCAGGCUGGAGCGCUCUCCGAAAUGGGCCUCGACGAAGCCGAUGCUGUUCAGUACCUUAUGAUGCUAAGUAGGGAUGAAGAAGAAGCAAGAAAAGCCGCUGAAUCUGCAAACGAGGCUGCGAUGCGUGAGUCUGAGGCAGGUUUGCUUGAAACCAGGGACGAAGUACCAUGCAGCUCCCCUACAAACUCAACCAGAUCGAGUGUACCCUCAGCAUCCACGUCUCCUUCGUCCAGGCGUUCUGGUAGAAGUGUCUAUAUCCCGGCUAGUCGAAGGCCCCGGGUCAAUGUGGAUGAUAUCCCCGACGACAAUCCUUUUUUGGUGUCAGAUAGCCGUAGCCCUUACCAGAACAGUAGCUCGUACGGUGGUGGGUCGCGGUAUAGUGGCAGUCAGGCCGAAUUUGACGAGGACGAAGCACUUCGUUUGGCAUUGGAACUCAGUAUGGUGGAACAGUAA